AAUAAUAUCUAAAUUUGUAUUGAAAUAUUAUGCUGUUUCACGUGGUUCUAGCGAAAAUGAAAAAAUAUAUAUCCAGGCCUGCUUAAAAGAAGAAUGAGCAAGGGUGCGAUGAAAACGAUGAAAACGAUGCACGCGGUUCAGUACGAUGCCUAUGGCGGAGGAUUGAAGCAUGUUGAAGUUCCAGUUCCCACUCCAAAGAAAAAUGAGAUUUUACUGAGGUUAGAAGCAACCAGCAUUAACCCAAUUGAUUGGAAGAUGCAGAAGGGUCUUCUUCUGCGCCCUUUAUUGCCUCCAAGCUUUCCUCACAUCCCUUGCGGUGAUGUUGCAGGAGAGGUAGUAGAGGUUGGAGCACAAGUCAAAGAUUUCAAAGUUGGGGACAAAGUCAUAGCUAUAUUACUCUCUCAACUUGGAGGUGGACUAGCUGAGUUUGCGGUGGCCAGAGAGAGCUUCACAGCUGCCAGACCAUCCCAAGUCUCAGCUGCUGAAGCUGCAGGUUUACCUGUCGCUGCUCUUUCAGCCCAUAAUGCCCUCACUCAAAUUGCAGGACUCAAGCUCGAUGGGACUGACCUACCAAAGAACAUUCUAGUCACUGCUGCUUCUGGUGGUGUGGGCUCGUAUGCUGUUCAACUUGCAAAACUAGGGAACACCGCCCACGUGACAGCCACGUGCGGAGCUCGCAACAUUGAAUUGGUUAAGAGCCUAGGUGCCGAUGAAGUUCUUGACUAUGCCACCCCACAAGGGGCAGCAUUGAGUAGUCCUUCCGGUAAGAAAUACGACAUUGUCAUACAUUGUGCGACCGGAAUUCCUUGGUCUACUUUUGAUCCCAAUUUGACUCCAAAUGGGGUUGUGGUUGAUUUAACGCCUGGUGUAAGGACAUUGAUAAGUUUUGCUCUCAAGAAACUUACUUUCUCCAAGAAGAAGUUGGUGCCGUUUAUUGUAAACAUCAAGCGUGAGGGUAUGGAACAUCUAGCUCAAAUGGUGAAGGAUGGAAAACUAAAGACAAUUAUUGACUCUAAGUUUCCCUUGAGCAAAGCUGAAGAUGCUUGGGCUAAGAGCAUUGAGGGACAUGCUACCGGAAAAAUCAUCGUCGAGCCAUAGAGUAGAACGAAGGCAGAAGAAAAAAAAUCAGAUCUGGGCGAAGGGAGAAGAACGAAGCGACGGCGGCACCAGAAUCAGAGAGGGUGAGUGACGAAGCCGCUGGAACAGGGAAAGGGAAGUGAUGGCGGCGCUGCAAGCAAGAAGUGGUGGCAGCCGCGUUUUAGAGAGAACGAAGGUGACAGUGGCACAGUUCAGGGAAAGAGAAGGUCGCGGUGGUGGUUUAAAAUUGGGAAAAAGGAGGUAGCGGCGACGGCGGUGCGCAUUUGGGGGCUCAGAUCUGUAGUGAAACCCACUUCUUCUUUAACCCUAGAUUUGCCAUGAAAUUCACUUCUUUUGCAACUAUCUUUGAUAUUUUCCUCCACAAUUAAGGAAAUGACGGUGCUUUUGAUUUAA